UGCAACUCUGUGCGUACUUUUAGAAAUGAGAGAGCUCAUAGCUCAUAGCCCAUUGCGAAGUUUGGUUGGAGGCGGCCACGCAACAAUUCCAAACCGGAGAGCCGCAACUCCACACCAUCAUCUUUCUCCUUGAGGGUCCAUCUUUCUCAAGUUGCUUGCUGAAGGCGGAUAGAUAAGAGCUUGCAUUUAUCGGCAUCAUGACAGCCAGCUUUGCAGUUCCCUUUGUGGCUUCCAACCCUACCUCUUGGGGCCCCCCUGAUCUGGACGAUGCCAAUCCGAAUGACGCUCCCAUGGGCGGCAAUGUGGUGAAGUUUGCCUCCCUUCCGUACUCUCCCUUUGGUCGUUCGGAUCGUUUGGGUCGUUGUGCCGACUUUACCCAGGGUGGUCGCCAUCAACAAUACCAUCGUGGAGAUGGCUUUAACCGCCGAGGCGCCACUGCCAGUUCCAAACAAGAUUUCAUGCGUCGGAUUGCCGAAGAAGAAGCGGCCGACAAUGACGAAGCCUUCCAGUUGGUCGAUACCACCAAGACAGCCACUACCAAACGCUUUGUCAAUCCCACGGCUCGCAGACGCCAACAUUCCGCUCGAUUGCGACAAAUCAAUGCCCGACGUCAAGCGGCAGGAGGAGGACCCGGGGCCAAUAUUGGCGUGGACAAACUCACAUCGACGGGAGGCGGUCGAGGAGGUGGCGGACGCGGUGGUGGCGGCCGUGGUGGUGGUCGUGGAGGAUAUCGUAGUUACGGACGUGGAUACAACAAUCGCGUGGAUCGACAGGCAUCUGUGGCGGUGGGCAAUGACUGGAAGAAGGUGGAAGAAUUGGAUCUCGCCAAACUUACCAAACACAUGGUGGCUUCUACCGAAGUGCCCAAUCCAGAAGAUGUUCUCUGGUGUGGAUUCUUGGAUCCUUACCAUGAAGCAUAUGACAAGAUUACCGCUCGUCAGGCUCCCAGUUUGAAGAGAAUGGAAAACAAAGAGUUCUAUCCUGUUACUACCACCGACGAUCCGGUCUUGGAGAAAUUGGCCAUUGAUGGAUUGGGGCAGGUCUUUAUUACCGAUACCAUCCUGGCUCAUCUCAUGACGUGUACUCGCAGUGUGUAUCCUUGGGAUCUUGUCAUUACCAAGUUGCAAAAUGGAAAGCUCUUGUUCUUUGAUAAGAGAGAUUCUUCCUCCUUUGAUUAUCUGACUGUUAAUGAAACCUCGUACAAUCCACCUACUGAUGAAAAUGGCAACAUCAACACCCCGGAACGAUUGGGGUUGGAGGCAACCAUGAUCAAUCAAAACUUUUCGCAACAAAUCCUCAAAAAGAGCGGACGAAAAGAAUUUGGAAUGCCAAACCCAUUCUUCGACGAAGAUGACGCCGAUGGCAUGGAACCAGCCAGUGUCGCCUAUCGAUACCGAAAAUUCAAACUCGAUGACAGUUCUACAUUGGUGUGCCGUACCGAAUUGCACGGAUUGGUCAAAAAGUCGCAGUACAUGACGGCCUUUGCGCUCAACGAAUACACACCGGCAGUGGCACCCACCACCAACACCAAUCUCGUUAACUGGCGUGACAAGAUUGAUUCCCAACGUGGUGCCGUCUUGGCCACCGAACUCAAGAACAACUCGUUCAAGUUGGCCAAGUGGACCGCGCAGUCCCUGCUGGCCGGUGCCGAGCAAAUGAAGAUUGGGUUUGUCUCGCGAAAGGAACCCAAGAAUGCCUAUGAACAUCAGAUUCUGGCCACGCAGUUCUACCGUCCCAAGGAUUUUGCCACGCAAAUCACGUUAUCGGAAGGACAAAUGUGGGCCAUGAUUCGAAUGUUUGUGCAAUUGUUGCAGAAACAGGAAGACGGCAAGUACGUGUUGAUGAGGAAUCCCAACAAGGCCGUGUUGCUCCUCUACAAGGUUCCCAUGGACACGUUCGAGGACGAAGAGUAGAUGGUUCGUUCGUUCGUUCCGUUGGAGUGUAGCAAGGAGCACCCAACUAAUUACUAUUAGUAGAAGGAUCAUGCACUGAUUUUCCCGGUAGCUUUU